AAAACAAAUCUACCGCGAAACAAAAGGCGGAACACAAGACCGCAAGUUCGAGGACAUAAACAAAGUGCAACUUGGCGUACGAUUCGGGUGAUUAUUUAAUCAAUGUAUCCUGCGUUUUACAUAAUCCCGUUCGCUCUCGGUGCUUUUCAGUUGUUUAAACACGCCAACCUAGCUCCACAGCUUGGUCAUACGAGUGGAUUGUUGCGGUGGCCACAGGUAGCAGUGACGAUAGCGCUUAUUACAGGAUUAACGAUUCGAAUGGCUGCCUCGGAGGAACGCACCUAUCCGACCACCUUGGAAGGAUUCGGAUACGGAUUUAAUGAAGAUGGAAAAUUGCGUCAGCUUGACAAGGAAACGGGAAAGCUCACCGAUCGUGUCUUUGACUAUCAGGUGUACACGUCCUUAGCGGAGAACCAGGUGCACUAUGAAGCUUUGGGAGAUGUAAUUACGGAAUACGUGUACCAGCGACUAGAGGAGAAGGAGGGCAUGAAGAAACUUUACGUUCCAGAUGAUGUGCCACGCGAAGAGGCCACCUUCAUUUUUAGCACCAAGGAUACGUUGGACAAACCGAAGAAACUGCUCGUACUGAUACACGGCAGCGGUGCUGUCCGGGCCGGUCAGUGGGCUCGCAGCUUAAUCAUCAACGACUGUCUCGAUUCCGGUACUCAGAUCCCGUACAUCAACAAGGGUCGCGAGCUAGGCUAUGAGGUGCUUCUGCUGAACACGAACGAUAACUAUCGCACUAUCAACGGAGCAAGAAAAUCAAUCCGCGGUAGUCGUAAUCCGACGGAACAUGCCGUAACCGUGCUGGAGAAAUACAUUCUUGCAAGCAAACCCGAAUCGGUAGCGAUAGUGGCCCACAGCUACGGUGGCGUGGUAACGGUCGAGCUGGCACAACGCUAUCCGGAGUUUUUCAAGGACAAAGUGUUUGCCGUAGGUUUCACCGACAGUGUCCAUGCGAGUUCACUUGUGCCGGAGGUGCUGAAAAAGAUCGGUCGCAAUUGGGUGACGGCAAAGGAUCCACUCGAUACCCCGCUGACAAUCACAAAGCACGAUAUUCCUCGACACUCUGCAGGCCACACCAAACAUGAAAUGACAUCGUACAGUUGCAUGAGUGCACUUUUCGAGUUUCUCGAGAGUCGUUACGCGGACUUUCGGGGUGCAACCGAACCACAGCCGAAGAAGGUGAAGGGUGACGAACUGUGAGUGGCCAGAAUGGUCGAAUUACAUAAGAAUAAAGCCAAUUUGAAAAUGGAA